CACUGUUCCGCGUAGGCUGGCCCACCUGAAUUUUGGAUCUGCCUAUUUUUGAACUGAAGUCCUGACACGAGCUGGCGAAGCGGAUGGGCGGAGUGGAUUUCAGACAGACAUCGUGGUGGGACCCACAGAGCAUCUACCAUAGAGACUCCGUAUGAUCCGUGGAAACCCUGCAUAUCAGCCAUCUCCUCCUCAGUCUCCUUCUUCCAUCCACCCUCCCUUCUCCUGCGGCAAGGGUGACUUAGAUAGUUAAAAGGCAUGGGAAAAGAUGUGGCUGAAUCUGCGCCAUCCUCGAAGAAAUCUAAUGCCAACUCCAAAAAUGCUAAGAAGAAGGAAGUGAAGAAAGAGACAGGCCUAGGUCUUUCUAAUAAGAAGGACGAGAAUUUCGGGGAGUGGUAUUCCGAGGUGGUUGUCAGCGGUGAAAUGAUUGAAUACUAUGAUAUAUCUGGUUGUUACAUCUUAAGGCCAUGGACAAUGUCAAUAUGGGAAACAAUGCAAGCCUUCUUUGAUGCAGAGAUAAAAAAGAUGAAAAUCAGGAAUUGUUAUUUUCCUUUAUUUGUAUCCCCUGGUGUUUUACAACGGGAGAAGGAUCACAUAGAGGGUUUUGCUCCAGAGGUUGCUUGGGUUACGAAGUCUGGAGAUACUGAUUUGGAUGUCCAUAUCGCCAUCCGUCCCACGAGUGAAACAGUGAUGUAUCCCUAUUAUUCCAAGUGGAUAAGGGGGCAUCGUGACUUGCCUUUGAAACUUAACCAGUGGUGUAAUGUUGUUCGGUGGGAAUUCAGCCAUCCUACUCCUUUUAUACGGAGUCGUGAGUUCCUUUGGCAAGAAGGACACACAGCUUUUGCUACAAAAGAGGAAGCAGAUGAGGAGGUUCUUCAAAUCUUGGAACUGUAUCGAAGGAUAUAUGAAGAAUUUCUUGCAAUUCCAGUUAUGAAGGGGAAGAAAAGUGAGCUAGAGAAGUUUGCCGGUGGGCUUUACACGACAAGUGUUGAGGCUUUUAUUCCAAAUACUGGUCGUGGUAUACAAGGUGCUACCUCACAUUGUCUCGGUCAAAAUUUUGCAAAGAUGUUUGAGAUCAACUUUGAGAAUGAGAAGGGAGAAAAGGGUAUGGUUUGGCAGAAUUCUUGGGCAUACAGUACUCGCACGAUUGGGGUGAUGGUAAUGGUUCAUGGAGAUGACAAAGGCUUGGUGCUGCCACCAAAAGUAGCAUCCAUCCAAGUGAUUGUGAUUCCUGUGCCUUACAAGGACGCUGACACGAAGGGCAUCUUUGAUGCCUGUUCUGAAACUGUGAAGACAUUGAGUGAAGCUGGUUUUCGAGUUGAGGAGGACUUAAGAGAAAACUAUUCACCCGGUUGGAAGUAUUCACAUUGGGAAAUGAAAGGUGUUCCUCUAAGGAUUGAAAUUGGACCAAAGGACUUAGCUAAUAAGCAGGUACGUGUUGUUCGACGCGACAAUGCCGCCAAAGUGGAUAUACCUGUGAGCAAUUUGGUUGAGCAGGUAAAAGAAGUAUUGUCCAACAUCCAAGAUAGCUUGUUUGAAGCAGCGAAGGAGAAGAGAGAGAAAUGCAUUGAGAAAGUAAAGACAUGGGAUGAAUUUAUGACAGCUCUUGGUGAUAAAAAGAUGAUCCUGGCUCCUUGGUGUGAUGAGGAGGAAGUUGAAAAAGAUGUAAAAGCACGGACCAAGGGUGAAGCAGGAGCAGCAAAGACACUCUGUACCCCAUUUGAUCAGCCAGAACUCCCAGAAGGUAUCAUUUCGCUUCUUUAUACAAUAAACUGAAUUUAUAUGGAUAUCAGUUGGCAAUGGAACUCUGUGCUUUGCCUCAGGAAAGCCUGCAAAGAAAUGGACGUAUUGGGGUCGAAGCUACUGACCCUCUCUUCUUUAUAGAGCAUCUGAUAUUGAGGCAUUGAUACAGGCACCCGGCCCCUUUUUGUUUGUUUGGAGUAGCCUAUUUAGGGAAGGAAGGGUUUUGAUUGUGACAUUUGAUUAUUAGAAACACAACAAAAAAUUAUCAUUUUCAGUUCUGAAGAAGGUGAUGCCGUUGAUAUUUAAGGUCGCAUUUGGUUGCAACAAAAAUCAUGAAUUGUUGCAACCAAACGCAGCCUAAUACAAAGAUAUUGUAAAAUUCAUGAAUCUGAGUGAUUUUGUUUUGAUUUGGUAGGCUUGAA